AUGGAUUCUGGAAAGAAUUGGGAUGACUGGACAGGCAUCGAAGAUAGGAAGCAGCGGAAGAGAGUACAGAAUCGGCUGAAUCAAAGAGCUCAUAACGAGUCAGCGAGAAAAAAGCCCAAGAUCCGAAAUCUGGGCGCCGCCCGUUCCGAGUGGAUCGUUGGCGAAUCGCAAAUGACAGACCCUCCCAACCUAGCGACACCGAACGGAGCUCGACAAACGAGUUGGCAAUUCGAACUUCCGGAAGAGCAGUUCAUUUCGCACCUGAGUUUGGAAAUUCUCACCCAAGGUCAAGGCUAG